AUGAGUGAUGCAAACCACGAGAUACCAUCCUACAUACCUUUUGAUACGAGUACAUGGAACAGUUUUUGUUUAGCAAAUAUUUUGGACAAAUGCACCGUCUUUUGGAUAGGAUAUAGCUACUUCACUAUCGAUGUCCUCAUUGGAAACUACUAUGCACUAGCUAGAGUCCAAUUGAGAAUUAUUAACUACAACUUGGAGCGUUUAUUCCACCCAUAUCAAAGAGAUACUGAUUCCUUCUCGAUGUCAUUCAUAUAUCUGAUUAUAUUCUACUUAUUUAUGCAGUUUCAAAUUAUAGUUUAUUGCUUUUUCGCCGGAUUCGUCGAUCAUGAAAGCAGAUUUGUAGCGACCUCGGUUUACAUGAGCGAUUGGCAGUCGCUCUCACCAAGAUUCCGUCGAUUACUCGCCAUCGCUAUGACCCGAUGGAUUAUUCCAAUCACUCCUAAGGUAUCGGGCGUCAUUCCUCUCUCACCAGCUACCUUCGUUACAGUAACUCGUGCAGCUUACACUUUGUACACGGUCUUAAAAGGCAAGAACGACGGAGAUAGAACUUUGGCAUUUUAA